CCAACGUCAAGUCAUCAGAUCGCGACGACAAAAACAUCAAAAGAACCACAACAUCACGACUUUUGGACCUAAAAAGUCGUUAAGCCAUCAACUGAUGAUACGCGCUUUUUAAAGACACCAGUUUUGCCUGGGUGUCCUUAAGGAAAUUUCGCUGUUUGGGCACUGCUCUUGUCUCGCCACUCCUGGCCGGUCAUGACGCGAAGUACUCAGCCGGGCCUGCGCUUUCGGACCCGGAAACUCUCACCCAAACAACCCCUCAGUGUUAUCCGUGAGGAUCAAAUAGACUCGGACGAAUACAAGGAACUCGUCGAUAAUCAAUAUAAAGUCGAGACCGGCGUCGAAAAGUCAGAAGAGAAUGAAUACCAUCUCCAAGAGGCCUUGGCCGCUGCCCUCGGGCGUGGCUCCAAGGAGGAAGCAAAGAAGAUAGUGCCAGCACCUCCAUCAGAGGAGACCAAGGACAUCAACUAUGAUGAGCUGUAUGCUUUCAAAUUCUCCAAGUCGUCGUCUUACAUUCGCUUCUCCCAAACGGUUGAAGAGUGUACUGGUUGCCAAUAUGACAUGACCACCGAUGACGAUGUCUUCCUCAAAGCCUACAACCAAAAGAAGCCCCCGACGGGCCAAUGCUCUGAGGAUGACUUCGAGAAGAUCAUGGAAGCCUUUGAGACCACCGCUGAUCGUCAAACACCAUUCGCUGCAGUUGACAAUACUGUGGCUGGGUUUGAAAUGAUGGAAUUUGCCUUGAAACAGGAGGUUGAUAAGAAAGCUCAAGCUUUUGCCAAGGAUAUCUAUGAUUAUUGGAAGACAAGGAGGCAAUGCUCUAGCAAUCGGCCACUUCAGCCGACUCUGAAAUUUGAACUCCACCAGGACAGUGAUGAUGGAGAUCCAUACGUUUGCUUCCGUCGCCGUGAUGUUCGCCAGACCCGUAAGACGAGGGCACGAGAUAUCCAAGUCACGGAUAAACUACGCAAACUGCGUAAAGAGUUGGAGGAUGGACGACAACUUGUUCUCAUGUCUCUGCAAAGGGAACAUGCCAAGCGAGACCUUCUCGCCAUUGAUCGUUCGAUCUUCGAGCAACGUGGCAAGGUCAAGGAGAUCAGACAGAGACUCGGCAUCAAGGUCGAUGACGAAGUCCUCAUUAACCAAAAGCCACAGAAGAGGAAGCCCGUCGAGGUGCCUCAACUCCAACGUACCCCUGGAACCCAGAUCCGCAUUCCCAGUAGCAGAACCGAUGGCCGCACAAUCGAGGCAGACCUCACUCUCCUGUCCGAUGUGCUCGCCCAGAAGGAGAACUUACUUCAAAUGGAAAUCGAUUCAAAGAUACAACAACACCAGAGGUGGAACCAAAACCAUAUCGACAUGACGAGAGAACCACUCUCCGAUGCUCGCACUCCGCCACCAGAUUCCAGCUUCCGCCUUGCCACGACGCAAUACCUGAUGACACCACCUGCAUCGGUAAGCGAAGAGUCAUGCGAGAAUGCCUUGGAACCUAGAGAGAUGCGGGGCUUCUCGCCACCACCAGAAGAGGAGCCACAUGGCCAGCCUUCGUAUCGUAGGCGUAUCGGUCGUCUUGGGCGGCUGUGGAUUGACAGAAGGGGUCUACCAUCGCCUCCAGCAGAUCCGACUGAUUCUCGCUCUGACCGAUGGAAGUAUGACCAGGAUGACGAUGAUGACACUCCGAUGUAUGAUGUUGAUCCGUACGACACCAAUGCGUUGAAGUUCAGAGCUACCAUCCCAUACACGGACAGGAACAGACGACCUCCCCCGGAAAUCGCAGGCGCCAACGGCCCUGUCGCAAACGGUACAGCGGCGAAUCCUGGAAACCGUCCCUCGAUCUCUCUGCCCUCUCAAAAACCAACCUGAUCCGACAUUCUCAGGUGUAUCAGACUUGUGGAUAGUCUUGAUUGUGUAUAUAGGCCAUUGUUUUUUCUCGGAGUUGCCCUGGUUUGGGCUAGCAUUGCGUCGAACUUUUGUUGAUUUUAGAUCGCCUUCUCCCUGACCAAGAGGAGGGUAUGUACUCUAGCGUGCGGUCAACUAUAAGAGAUGUGGAAGAAGCGACAAGAUGGAAUGAGUCAGGAGACGGAUGUCCUGUGUCUUCUUUGAGAUAGCUUGUCACACAAAAAUAAUGUUAACUUAUCUGUGCCUGCUUUUCUUCUGUGAAACGUGCUCAUCGUCUUCCC